AUGUUGAGAGCUAGCCGCACAAUACGCACAGGCUCUGCCGUCCGAUCCAUGGCCACGGUGGCUGGAGUCAGGGGACAAGCACCGUUAAGUCGAUUCGAGCCGGAUCAUAGCGUCGAUUAUGUUGGCUUCUUGGACAAACUCCCCCGCUUGCGAAAAAUCCUUGACCGCCCUCUCACCUAUGCUGAGAAGGUUCUCCUUGCACACCUUGAUGGAGAACAAGGCGACAAAGUGAUUCGAGGUUCAACACAGUUGAAGUUGAAACCCCGGCGAAUUGCCUGUCAAGAUGCCACUGCCCAAAUGGCGAUCAUCCAAUUUAUGACAGCCGGACUUGACAAAACUGCAGUUCCCACUACAGUUCACUGUGAUCAUCUCAUCGUAGGGCGAGAUGGUAGCCAGGAAGACCUUGCUGGAGCUCUUACAAGCCAUAGCGAGGUGUAUGAGUUCAUGUCAAGUGCUUGCCAACGCUACAACAUGGGCUUCUGGAAACCUAAUGCAGGUAUUAUCCAUCAGAUUGUACUUGAGAACUAUGCUUUCCCUGGCGGCAUGUUGAUUGGCACUGACUCACAUACGCCAAACGCUGGAGGCAUGGGCAUGAUUGCUGUAGGCGUCGGCGGUGCAGACGCGGUUGAUGUCAUGUCGGGCCUUCCUUUCGAGAUUACUGCCCCUAGAAUCAUUGGUGCCAAAUUGACAGGCCAGUUGAGCGGCUGGGCUAGCCCAAAAGAUGUUAUCAAUGCAGUUGCAGGAAUUCUUGGUGUCAAGGGUGGCACUGGAAACAUUAUCGAGUACUUUGGCCCUGGUGCCGAAACAAUAUCGGCAACCGGAAUGGCUUCCAUCACCAACAUGGGCGCUGAGACAGGAGCAACAACGUCAAUCUUCCCUUACUCCGAGGCUAUGUCUGCCUACUUACGCGCGACUCGCCGGCCUGAGCUGGCCGAAGCUCUCCACGUUGCCAAGCAUGAGCUUCAAGCGGACGAGGGUGCAGAGUAUGACCAUGUCAUCGAGAUUGACCUGUCCACACUAGAACCUCGCAUCAACGGCCCAUUCACACCCGAUUUGUCGACACCAAUCUCUAAAUUGGGCGAUGCCGUUCGGGAGAAUAAGUGGCCGGAAAAGCUCACCGCCGGACUGAUCGGAUCAUGCACAAAUUCGUCUUUUGAAGAUCUCUCCCGUGCUGCCAGCUUGGCACGCCAAGCUCUCGAUGCAGGCCUAAAGCCCAAGAUGCCACUGCUCCUAUCUCCCGGAAGUGAGCAGACAAAUCAGACACUUAAGCGCGAGGGCGUUACUGAGGUUUUUGAACGCCUGGGUAGUAAGAUCCUGUCUAACGCUUGCGGACCCUGCUGUGGUGCGUGGGACAGAACCGAGAUGGAAAAGGGCACGCCGAAUUCGAUCUUGGCAUCAUACAACAGAAAUUUCACUGGACGACUUGAUGGAAAUCCUGCUACCCAUGCAUUCCUUUCUUCCCCUGACAUGGUCAUGGCCAAGGUCUUCUCUGAAGAUCUUGGCUUCAACCCGCUGAAGGAUAGUCUCGUCACGGAGACUGGCGAGAAAUUCCACUUCCAACCCCCUAGUGGUGACGCACUUCCAUCAGGGGAGUACGAGAACACAGACCACGUCUACGAUGCGCCUUCGACAGAUCCUCAGGUCCGACAAACCGUGACCGUCCAAAUAUCACCGGACUCUCAACGCUUGCAAAGACUGGCUCCGUUUAAGCCUUGGUCCGGGCAAGAUUUUGUCGACUGUCCUAUACUCAUCAAGACUAUGGGUAAAUGCACGACAGACCACAUCACUACAGCUGGCCCAUGGAUGCGUUUCCGUGGUCAUCUCGAAAACAUUUCCAACAACACCCUCAUCGGCGCUGUCAACGCAGACAACCAAGAGGUCAACAAAGUGGUAAACCAAAUCACUGGAGAGCAUGGGGGUGUUCCAGACACAGCCAGAGACUACCAACAGCGCGGUCUUCCUUGGGUCGUUGUAGCAGACCACAAUUAUGGCGAGGGAUCCUCGCGUGAACAUGCUGCUCUUCAGCCCCGAUACCUUGGCGGUGCCGCUAUCAUUGCAAGAUCGUUUGCGCGUAUCCACGAGGCCAACCUCAAGAAGCAGGGCAUGCUGGCGUUGACAUUCGCUGAUGAUACCGCGUAUGAUAAGAUCAAGGCUUCUGAUCGUAUCAGCAUUAUUGGACUCACGGAAUUGGCCCCUGGAAAGAAUGUGCAGCUCAAAGUAACUUCAAAGGACGGUACAAGUUGGGUGACUGAAGUCAAGCACACCUUCACUCGCGAGCAAGUCGAGUAUUUCAAGGCUGGAAGUGCUCUGAAUGUGAUGGCCAGCCGGCUCUCGGGCAAGUCGUCUCCGUCAGCCUCGGGGUCGACUUAG